ACUUGGGGGGGCUUUUCUUUUGUCGGAUGGGCCGGCAUUGAGAGACAUGAAGCCCAGCUGCAUGUCCCACAGGAGGCAUGAAAUUGCAUGUCUUCUAACUUGGUCACAAUUGCAUGCCUUAUAACUUGGUUGCAACUCGACUUCCAUUUCUUGUUUGUACAGGGAGAGGCGUCAGCUGCAUGUCCCACAAUGGGCACGCAACUGCAUGUUUUCUAGUUUGGUCGCAACUAGGGGGUCUUUGUUUUGUCGGAGGGGGCGACGUCGAGAGGCAUGGGGUCCAGUUGCAUGUCCCACACUAGGCAUGCAACUGCAUGUCUUCUAGUCUGCUCGCAACGAGGGGGGGCUUUGUUUUGUCGGAGGGAGCGGCGUCGAAAGAGAUUGGGCAAGUUGCAUGUCCCACACUAGGCACGCAACUGCAUGUCUUCUAACUUAGUUGCAACUGCAUGCCUUAUAACUUGGUUGCAACUCGACUUCCAUUGCUUGUUUGUACGGGGAGAGGCGACAGUUUGCACGUCCCACAAUUGGCACACAACUGCAUGUCUUCUAGUUUGGUUGCAACUAGGGGGUCUUUGUUUUGUCAGAAGGGGGCGGCGUCGAGAGGCAUGGGGACCAGUUGCAUGUCCCACACUAGGCGUGCAAUGACAUGUCUUCUAGUUUUGCUCGCAACUAGGGGGGCUUUGUUUUGUUGGAGGGGGGCGCCGAGAGACAUGGGGCCUAAUUGCAUGUCCCACACUAGGCACGCAACUGCAUGUCUUCUAGAUUGGUAGCAACUAGGGGGGACUUUUGUUUUGUCGAAGGGGGCGUGUCGAGAGACAUGGGGCAGUUGCAUGUCGUUUUACAAACAUUUUUUUUCACAAGUAGACUUUUUUUCUUGGUCGGAAUGGGGCAGCUCCCCCACGAAUCCUCUACCCUCACUAUGUUUCACACGAGCACCCUAGUACCGCCGUUUUCCGCCAUGUCCGCAAACACAAAUCAAGCACCUGAUCUCACAACUAGUUUGUGUAUUUUUCUUUUUUUCAUAUUUUUUUAAUUCAUAUACAUUUUUUCAAUGCUUUUUUGUGAAGGAAAGGAGUGACUUUACACGGUGUGCUGUUUUCUUUUUUUUUCCUUUUUUAAGUCACUGGAAUGUGGAUCCAGGCUCAACAUCUUUCUAGAGGCCACCCAACGGCACUGUUCGAAUUGAAACACAGAGAGAAAACGGGAGAGGAAGGAAGCCACAUCACGGGGGCGGGGUUUCCGCGCCGGAACUCGCCGGCGAUGAGAUGCUCGGCGACACCCGUGAGGAGAUGCUCGGCGAUCCGAGCGCCCCUCCAGAGUCCUCGCGCCCUGCUGAUGAGGUGAACUGCCAAAAACAGACAAUUGAUGUUUUACAUUUUCCAUAAGAAAAUCUGGGAGUGUUUCCUUUUACUAGUUACAAGUAGAAAUAUGUGAAUGGAUUAACCAUCCUCACUAGUUAGAAGUAUAUUUUUUCCUGCUUUUUUAUUGGUGCGAAUCACGAAUCUGAGGGGAGCGUAUUAGUGCUUUUGUUUUAGCUCGACCUCGUAUUUUUUUCAAAGGUAACUAUUUUUGAAUUCUGCUGUGAUGUACUGAUGUCUGCUCAGUUGCGUGCUUGCACUGAGCAUUGCCAAUGCUUGUUUGAAUUUUUCUGAGGCAUUCGGCAUACUGAGAUAAUUGAUUUUGUUGGGCCAGUGUGGUGUUAUACAUCAGGCUGCGCCAGUGUGGGGUUAUACGUAGUACUAUUUUACUCUAAAAAUGUCUUUGUACUAAAGAGAGAGUAUGUCAUAGUUGAUUUGCUGGCCAUUUCUAGCCAGACUCCGUUCCUUCACUCAAGUCGAGGGUGAGACAUGCUUUUUCAUUUUCUCUCACUGGUUUCUGAAGAUACGUUACAUCAUUUAGAGACCAGUGCGGGAAGGGAAACAACAUCAUUCGCAAGUGUUUUUUAAUCCCACUGUAGUUGAUAGUUUUUACCCUUUUUUCUAGUCAACUACCUGUUGUCUCUGUAGAGAUAGGAGAUUGCCGCUAUUCAUCAUGGCUAAUUAGGGCAUCUCGUAAUAUUGCCAACAUCGGAACUAUCAUCAUCCCAAAGCUGCUGGCUAAGAUGAAGCAAGCCCAAAGAAAAGCACGUUUGGGAUUUGUUAAUGUACUCGUAACUAGUAAAACAAACAUUCACAGAUUCUUUAUAUGGAUUUUUUGUCUUGGGCCUCCUGCAUCUCACUGAGCAUUACCUUUUCUCAAGCCCGCCCUACUAACCGAAAUGAUCUCAACCUUUGUGUUUGAUUUCCCCUAAUCUGAAUUUAGAUUUAAGAUCGACACAACACUCUCUGAUGCAUAACUUUAUUGAAUGAUUUUUGUGCAGUUUUUCUUUUUUUCUUAGCUCACUGGCACAGUAAAGUUUGAGAGGGUAUCCAGUGGUAUUUUUGUCCUUUUUUUCUGUGUUAAUCCACUUUUGUGAUAUAUAUUUGGAUAAAUUAGUGCCUCUUUUUUUUAUGAGCAGGGUCUGAUGGAUGCCCGCAUGCAGAUUGAACGCGAGAUCGAAACUAAAACCAAGUCCUCCUUGAAAGAAGGGUUAGGUCAACAGCUUAAAAUUGAUCAUAUGAAGGAGUCCAAAGACUUAAAAAGAGAUUGCCUAAACAAUGUGGUACAGCUUUUGAAGUUGAAGGAGGGAAACCUGGGAGUGAUAGAAAUGAAGAAGGCGGAGAUAAGUUGUGUUAAAGAUACUGAUUUAGAAGAGAGAAGCUAUAAUGUCGAGAUCACUGACACUGAAGCAUCAGAGGGUUUGCUAUAUGAAGAAGUUCUGACAUUGCUGAGUAAGAGUGCUCAAAGGAAAGAACGACGGGAAGCUCUUUUGGAACGAAAAAAGAAGCAGAGAGCAAGGAUUGACCCAACCACAACAAAGGCCACCAUUGAUGAGAUUGCAACUAAAGCUUACAGCCGGUGCAGUGUGCCAUACUUUUUUGAGAUUGUCAAUCUCGUGUGGAAGAGCCACCGCAGGGCCCAGCUUGUUAGGAACAGUGGUUUUGGCUAUCUGUUGGAGCUGGUCGACUGUCCUGUACCCAGGGGUUUGUGCAGUGGAUUGCUGAUAAUGUGGACACACAAGCAGAAGCAACUGUUUUGAACAAGAGCAUUCCACUCAACGCUCAGUUAGUGGAGUUUGUGUUGGGGAUUCCUUCAGGGUUUUACCUGACAGAGAGAACGUACAACUGGGAGAGGAGCAAAAGUUUUCCUCUUGUUUAGCUAUACAUGGGCUUUUUGCUUUUUUGUUGUGUGUUUGCUACGUCCAUGGGCAGGGUCACAGGUACAACGGGCCAAACAGACAGCAAAAACAGAAAACAAACAAACAAGCAAGCCCACACCACAAGCCCAUGCGAAGCAGGCCUAAUCUGCCAAAGGUGACGUCAGCCGACUGAGACUUCACGAAGUCUCAGUCGACUGAGACCUAGACAGUCCCAUAAGGUUUUCGGGACGUGACCGAUCGCAACUCGAUCUUCUUUUUUUUUAGGGUAAAAAAUUGCCGCUUUAUUAUCUCUACUUCUUUUUUUAGGGUUUAUUUAUCUCUACUUUUAAAGUGUGAGUUGGUAGUCUCGCCUCACCUCCCACCUACCCUUCGGAAAACCCAAUAUUACGCCCACGAGGGUCUUAAAGGUGACCUUUCGCUCAAGCUCAACCAAUUUGAACCGGCCCAUUUGACACGUGUAUUAACUCAAUCAAAUCCGCACUUUUCCAAA